GGGUCAUUAAUAACUAAUUAGAAAGGGGUCAAACCAGGCACAUAUAAAGGGAAGCGAGACUUGGACAAGACGAAACAUUUGCAAGCCAACCGUCUCCAAAGGAGGAAUACUGUUUGACAAAAUAUUUUUUUUUUUUUGCUGUUGGUGUUGUUGUUCUCGAACCCGCUGUCUUCCAGCUUCGCUGCUUGCCGAUUCCCCACAGCACUAGCCGUAGUUGAAGUCCCAGGGAGCGGUUGAACUCCAGAAAGCCCUAGCCCUUAGAAGCGCCAGAAAGUCGUUGUUCCCCGAGUUUGAGCGGGUUAAGUCCUGACGGUUAGCGGUGCCAUGGGUUCAGUUCUGCCCGCAGAAGCUUUGGUACUGAAGUCUGGAUUUAAACCGCAGGGUUUGUCCCUGUCUGAGAUCAUUACCUCAGACAUCCUUCACAGCUUUCUCUAUGGGCGCUGGAGAAACGUGCUCGGGGAGCACCUCUUUGAAGAGAAGACCGGCGGCGUCAACCCCAAAACUGCCUUCACCGCCGAGGUCCUUGCGCAGUCUUUCUCUGGAGAGGUCCAGAAGCUGUCGAGUCUGGUGCUGCCCAGCGAGGUCAUCAUCGCGCAGAGCUCCAUCCCGGGAGAGGGGCUGGGCAUCUUCUCCAAAACGUGGAUCAAGGCUGGCACCGAGAUGGGCCCCUUCACGGGCAGGGUGAUCUCUCCGGAGCACGUGGACCUCUUCAAGAACAACAACCUGAUGUGGGAGGUGUUCAAUGAGGACGGCACGGUGCGCUACUUCAUCGACGCCAGCCAGGAGGACCACCGCAGUUGGAUGACCUACAUCAAGUGUGCCCGCAACGAGCAGGAGCAGAACCUGGAGGUGGUGCAGAUCGGGAACAGCAUCUUCUACAAGGCUGUGGAGACAAUCCCCCCAGACCAGGAGCUGCUGGUGUGGUACGGAAAUUCCCACAACACCUUCCUGGGGAUCCCUGGGGUCCCGGGGAUAGAGGACGAGCACCAGAAAAAGCAGAAGACCGCUCUAGAGGACGCCGCCGCUGUGCUCGAUCGCAAGCUGCGUCAGAGGAGUCUGGAUUUAGCAGGAGCCCUCUCACACGACGGUGCGAUUAACGGCUGGGCGCCCGUUUCUCCCCUUGCAGACGAUUUCCACCUGUGUGACGGCUCCUCCUCGUCCGCCUCCUCUUCCUCCUCCUCCUCCGCCUCCUCCUCCUCCUCGUCCUCCGCCGCCUCCAGCCGCAUGCGCUGCGUCAUCUGCCACCGCGGCUUCAACUCCCGCAGCAACCUGCGGUCGCACAUGCGGAUCCACACGCUGGACAAGCCCUUCGUCUGCCGCUUCUGCAACCGGCGCUUCAGCCAGUCCUCCACGCUGCGCAACCACGUCCGGCUCCACACGGGCGAGCGCCCCUACAAGUGCCACGUGUGCCAGAGCGCCUACUCGCAGCUGGCCGGGCUCCGGGCGCACCAGAAGAGCGCCCGGCACCGGCCCUCCGGCACCGGGGCCGUGGUCUCGCUGCAGGCCCACUCGCCCCCGCCGCCGCAGAUGCCCCCCGUGCCUCACCCGGUGUCCCUGGCGCACCACAUCCCCACCAUGGUCCUGUGAUGGCGGGGAGCCUGGGGACCCAGAGAAACAGGUCGCGAACCCCGGCGACACGCGGAGGCUUCGCUUUCUCCCGGCCUCCGCGUCGCCCUGGCCCCGCGUCUCGGUCGCACAUGACCACGUUUUAACCUUGUGCGCAUUGGCAGAAAGGGAAAGUAAACGCAAGCUCACCCGAAGGCCGGGCAGUGCUACGCGGCGGAUGUGAACGCGGACAAGAGCCAGCUCCGAGAGACUCACGGACCGGCACGUUAUUUCAGCGAUGAGACCUCUCGCCGCCACCUGUAAUCGUUGACUAGACGCGAGGAGUUCGGUUUCGCGCUGCCGCAAGCUUUGCGCAUCAGCUUAAAGCGGACUUUUGAAAAACAGUAGUCGAUUUAAGCACCGGUACAAUUAAUGGCAGGGGGGUGCGCUGUGCCUGAAUUUUUUUCUCCCAUGCUUUAGAAAGUGACAGCUGUGCUAAAUACAGUAUGUAUGAAGGAUUAGAUGUUAGCUAAAUUGCUCUCCUCUCUUUUGGAAACACAAUGGAACCUGUCUAUAUGUCUUAACAAGAGAACUUUUUAUAAAAACAACUGUCAGUCAAAUUAUGGAUUGCAGUAGGUAUGUCAAAGACAUACUGUUUCUUAGAAUACCUUGGGUAUAAAUGGGAAAAUUGGUGGUAUACUUCUUGUAUACAAAAUGUGCUACAUUGUGUGAGAAAACAAUGCUGUUUUGUUUAAUGCAUCCGGUUCUCUAGAUCUUGUUCAGAAUAUGUUACUGUUUUAAAACAACACACACAUUAUAAGAACUUCUUCUAUACCAUAAUGGUUACUGAAAAGAUGAGAAAUGACACACAGUGUUCGGCGAGCUGAUGUGGUUUAAGUUUGUAUUCAAACUGUUCUGAUGGAUGUUAUCGUUCUCCGAUGGCUCUCAGCUGCGAUGCUCCUUUGCUUUUGUGUGGCUUGGUGCGCCCCUAGUGUCUCCACACCUGUAUGAAACCCUUCCUGUACGGGAGAAAAAGAAUCGUAAGAAACAGAAGAUGUAUAUAAAAUGAUUAAAAUAUAUAUGAAAUGUAAAUAUAAUUUUAAAACUGUGCUAUACUUCCACUAAAUAGUCACUUUAUGUAUGUACAUAUUUAUGUAAAACAGUAUUUACAACACUUUGGUAUUAUAUAUUAAUAGUAUAUGUAUGCAGAUGUAAAUAACUUUGUACUUUUCAUCUUGCAUUCUAAAUAAACUACUACAUGCAUAA